AUGCAUAGUGAGGGCGCCUUCUCAGAAGUGCUUAAGGCUCAAAGUAUCAAGACCGGCAAAUAUGUUGCAAUAAAAUGCAUGAAAAAUCAUUUCGAUUCAAUAGAUCAGGUUAACAACCUGAGAGAAAUCCAAGCUCUAAGGAGAUUUGAUGAACCAACAGGGAGACUUGCGUUAGUUUUUGAGCUAAUGGAAAUGAAUCUUUAUGACGCAAUCAAGGAUCACAUGCACAGAAAUGGUAUUUUCCAUAGAGACAUCAAGCCGUAAGAAUAUUAUUAUUAAAUUAUUUCUAGCGAGAAUAUAUUGCUCUCUGAGGAUAAUGUUAAACUAGCUGAUUUCGGAUCCUGCAGGGGUAUUUAUUCAAAACAACCAUAUACUGAGUACAUUUCGACAAGAUGGUAUAGAGCCCCAGAAUGUCUAUUGACAGAUGGUUAUUACGGUUACAAAAUGGAUAUGUGGGGCCUUGGCUGUGUAUUAUUUGAAAUACUUUCCUUAUUCCCAUUAUUUCCUGGAAAUGAUGAGCACGACUAAGUUAUUAGAAUACAUAAUAUUAUGGGAUCUCCGUAAAAAGAUUUAUUAGAAAAAUUUCAAAAGUAUGCCACUCAUAUGGAAUUUAAUUUUCCACACGUUCCUGAAGGAACGGGGAUACCUAAAUUAAUCCCACAUGUGAGUCCAGAGGCUUAAGAUUUAAUAUUGAAACUUCUUGUCUACAAUCCUGAUAAUAGAAUAACAGCAAGCUAAGCCUUAAAGCAUCCUUGGUUCAAGGAACUAAGGGAAUAAGAGAAAAUGCUAAAGCAAUAAUAUGCUGGAUCAUUUGAUGAUCUCUCAGGAAAUAAAGCAUUAAUGGAUGAAUAGGGAAAGAAAACUAAAACUGAAAAGUUCUUAAGCACCUAAAAGAAACUACCUGAGCUGAAGAUUAGUUAAAAUGAAAUGGCUAAUGUUAAAAAUAUUACAUUUUCUUCUGACUCAGAAGAUCCAAAUCUUGAGGCUUAUAAUGGGAAAGUAGGAGGCAAGAGUAUCAAGAAUAGUUCAUUAAAUUAAAGUAAAUAUGUUUCUAAUAUGAACUAAUCUCCUUCUCCCUCUUAAACUUUUUUCAAAGAUGCAGAUAAAAAGUAAAAUUCCUCCUUCUUAGGUAAAAAAGUGAUGCCUGGCUAUAAAAAUCAGAAGAAGCUAUUUGUUAGCCCUUAUAAUCAUAAAGCGAACAAGCAAUGA